AUGGUCAGAAUUGGAUCUCUUCUUCUGCUCUUCGGAGCUGCCAUUGCUUCCGUUGCUGCUCAACAAUGCGGUACUCAGAACGGUGUGACACCAGUGCUGCUCACUGCAAUCCCGCAAACUGCCAACGUGCCUUCAGUGGUGCUGGAUCGUCUUGUGCUGGAUCGGGAUCAGGAUCAGGAGGCACCACCACCUCUACAACUCCUACCAGCCCCCCUCCAAGUGGCAGUACUGGUAUUGGCAACAAUGUCCCCCACAUCGACAUUUGUGGUGCUGGCAGCGGUGGCAUUAGCUGCCCAGGCGCCGGUAUUGGAGGCUUCUUUUAUCGCUGCUGCUCUGGAAAUGGUCACUGUGGACCUAAGAACACUGCAAGUCUCAAUCAUCCCUUGCAUCGGAAUAUCAAAUACUGAUUAUGUUAGGAACAAUCUCAAUACGAUUAUUGCGGUACUUCACAUUGCCAGCCUGGUUACGGUGCCUGUGAUCCCACCCGUUCUCUUCCUCCUAAUCCUCCGGGACCUCCUGGUACUGCUGUUGGUCAGGAAAACUGCGGACCAAUCGUUAACAAAAGAUGUCCCUCCGGACAAUGCUGUUCCGGAUCCAACUACUGUGGCACUGGACCUGAUUUCUGUGGCGCUGCCAACUGGUGUCAGGUCAACUGGGGCGAGUGCCACAGAUAAAUUGAUAUUUUUGCUACCGGAUCCCUGUAAUGGUCUGAGGCCUCUUGAAGGUAUAAUCGUGAAACGAUUCUAA